UCUGGUAACUCUGCUGGUCUGAUUGCUUUGAAGAAAGAAGAGUAGAAGAAAAAAUAGAAUAAAUCAUGUCAGAGAUACUUGACCUCUCUUUUUUGUCUGAGGUGGAGAGGGAUUUGAUCCUCAGUGUUCUACAACGAGAUGAGGAGCUCCGGAAAGCAGAUGAGAAAAGGAUUAGGCGACUGAAGAAUGAGUUACUGGAGAUAAAAAGGAAAGGGGCCAAGAGGGGAAGCCAGCACUAUAGUGAUCGGACCUGUGCUCGGUGCCAGGAAAGCCUUGGCCGUUUGACUCCCAAGACCAACACUUGCCGGGGCUGUAAUCAUCUGGUAUGUCGGGACUGCAGAAUCCAGGAAAGCAAUGGUACCUGGAGGUGCAAGGUGUGCGCCAAGGAAAUAGAGCUGAAGAAGGCAACUGGUGACUGGUUUUAUGACCAGAAACUGAAUCGCUUUGCUUACCACACAGGCAGUGAGAUAAUUAGGAUGUCCCUGCGCCGUAAACCCUCAGUGAAUAAAAGAGAGACAGUGGGACAGUCCCUUCUUCAUAAGUCACAGAUGGAUGAUAUCUGGCCAGGAAGAAAGAUCAUUCAGGAGCAAAAGAAGGAGCCCAGCGUGCCAUUUGAAGUGCCCAAGCUGAAAAGUGGAAAGAGUGCACUGGAGACUGAGAAUGAGAGUCUGGAUAGCUACACUGCUGACUCGGAUAGCAUGUCAAGGAGAGACUCUCUGGAUAAAUCUGGACUCUUUCCAGAAUGGAAGAAGAUGUCUGCACCCACAUCUCAAGUAGAAAAGGAAACUCAGCCUGGGGGUCAAAAUGCAGUAUCAAUUGAUGAGGGUGAAAUGAUAUUUAAGAAGAACACCAGAAAAAUCCUCAGGCCUUCAGAAUACACUAAAUCUGUUAUUGAUCUUCACCCGGAAGAUGUGGGACAUGAAAGUGGUUCCUUGGGAGACAGAAGCAAAUCUGUCCCAGGCCUCAGUGUAGAUAUGGAAGAGGAAGAGGAAGAAGAAGACAUUGACCAUCUAGUGAAGCUGCAUCGCCAGAAGCUAGCCAGAAGCAGCAUGCGAAGUGGUUCGUCCAUGAGUACAAUUGGCAGCAUGAUGAGUAUCUAUAGUGAAGCUGGCGAUUUUGGAAACAUCCUUGUGACCGGCAAGAUCGCCUUUUCUCUCAAGUAUGAGCAGCAAACACAGACUCUGGUCAUCCAUGUGAAGGACUGCCACCAGCUGGCCUGUGCUGAUGAAGCCAAGAAGCGCUCUAACCCAUAUGUAAAGACUUAUCUUCUGCCUGACAAGUCCCGCCAAGGAAAAAGAAAAACCAGCAUCAAGCGGGACACUAUCAAUCCGCUAUAUGAUGAGACCCUCAGAUAUGAGAUCCCAGAAUCUCUCCUGGCUCAGAGGACUUUGCAAUUCUCAGUUUGGCAUCAUGGUCGUUUUGGCAGAAACACUUUCCUUGGAGAGGCAGAGGUCCAGAUGGAUUCCUGGAAACUUGAUAAGAAACUGGAUCAUUGCUUGCCUUUACAUGGGAAGAUCAGUGCUGAGUCGCCGACUGGCUUGCCAUCACACAAAGGCGAGUUGGUGGUUUCACUGAAAUACAUCCCCGCCUCCAAACUCCCUGUUGGAGGUGACCGGAAAAAGAGUAAAGGUGGGGAAGGGGGAGAGCUCCAGGUGUGGAUCAAAGAAGCCAAGAACCUGACGGCUGCCAAAUCAGGAGGGACUUCAGACAGCUUUGUCAAGGGAUACCUUCUUCCCAUGAGGAACAAGGCCAGUAAGCGUAAAACUCCUGUGAUGAAGAAGACUCUGAAUCCCCACUACAACCAUACAUUUGUCUACAAUGGCGUGAGGCUGGAAGAUCUACAACACAUGUGCCUGGAACUGACUGUGUGGGACCGGGAGCACAUGGCCAGCAAUGACUUCCUGGGAGGGGUCAGGCUGGGUGUUGGCACUGGGAUCAGUAAUGGGGAAGUGGUAGACUGGAUGGACUCGACUGGGGAAGAAGUGAGCCUGUGGCAGAAGAUGCGACAGUACCCAGGGUCUUGGGCGGAAGGGACUUUGCAGCUCCGUUCCUCGAUGGCCAAGCAGAAGCUGGGCUUAUGAGCCCCUGUCCUUCUAUGCAGGUCUUGUCCUGUCCAGGGCAAGUCAGAGGAAGCGAAGAAACCAAGAGCAAAGAUUUAUAUUUAGUGUAUGUAUGUGUGUGUGUGCAUGUGUGUUAUGUAUGUGUGUGUAAUAAACAUAUAUUUCUACAAAUCUCAUUAUGUUAGAGUGAUGAAAGUUUGUUCCUCUUUUUAAAGCAGGCUCAAGAAUAAGGGUCUGUUUAAAAUGUUUUCAUUUGUGCAUAAUCUACUAUAUUUCGAGAGUCCAUUCUUUUAUCUUUAUGAUGUUUAAUUAGCUUAAAAAUCCUUUAAAACAAGUUUUUAUCUCCUGUCUUGCAAUUCUUUUCCUACUUCCCCAGGAAGCCCUGGCUACCUUUGGCAUUUGUAUAGGUCUGAGGCCAGGGCUCUGGGAAGCAGGGUUGGGUUACUAAAGACAGGAGAAGAUGGGAGAGAGGUGAGUAGGUCUGCUCUUUCCUUUCCAAUUUAUGUUUUGAACUCUAUUUUUACCUUGAUAUAUUUCUGGAACUUGGUUUUUAACUCUUAUUGUUUUUAAGCAAUUUCCAUAUUACUUUGGUCUAAUUGUUUUCUUUUAAAUGCUAAGAAAAUUCCUGUUUCUUCAAGCUCCAUACACCUUCCCUAGACCUUUAGGGGACCCUUAUAAUGGAGCUUCUUUAGAAAAACACUUUAAUUAGAUAGUGGCCUUUUGACUGAAUCAUGGACAUGUCCACAAUGGCUUCUCAGUGGUCUCAUAGGACCAGAGGGACUGACAGUGAAAUGUCUCCCAGCCCACACUGGAUCCUUGCAUUUUAUACAGAUACAGCUCUUGUUGGACACCUCCUCAUUUCUCUAAUAAAAGACAAGAUAUCGUCACUCUCAUAUACCACAUCUUUCUUAGCAUUUGUGUCUGCAGUGUGGUACCACACAGAAUAUGAUGGACAUACCAUUACACCAGCCAGAAUAGCCAAGUGCUGUCUAAACUGGCCCAGUGUUUCUCCAGACUGGGCACGGUUAGGGCUCCAAGAGAAUAUGUUCAGAGAAUCUCCCAGUUAUUCUGACUUCCUUCGUGAAGUGGUUUCACUUUCUAUUUUUUCUGUUGUUUCCUAUACUUGACCUAGAUGUAACAUGGGUGUGGUGUGCUGAGACCUUUCUAAGAAGGGUCUGGUGAUCUAAGGUUCAUUUUCUGAAACUCACUGUACCAAACUGACCUUGUUAUUCUUGCAACAGUAUCUACACAGAGUUGUUUGUAAAAGGAGUGUAUACUGGAGAAGAAAUCCCUUUUGGUAGAGUCUGCUAGCUGACUCUCCUAUAAGGCCACUGGACUAGGGGUGGCUGCAGUGGUUUCUAUUGUACAUGUGAACUGAAUAGAGGAGUGUUUUUAAAAGGUUUGGUGUGGGUGUGGAUUAAUAUUGUAACAGAAAGCAUCAUUUGGGAUCCUGGGCUGUAACUUGCUCCUUUGUUCUCUACCCCCUGAAAUGUAUGUGUGCUUCAAUAAAGCUUUUUCA